GGGGUUUGAUAGUUAAUAGUGCUUCGAAUGUUUAUGAUUUGCAUCUGACGAAAACCGUUCAAGUGAAUGAAGUUUUUUUUUAUAUAAUUAGAGUUUGUGCAUCGCAUGCAACGUUUCUUUUUUGGAGAAAAAUAUUCCUUGCAAAAUUUGGCAGCGGAGGGGCUCAGUGUGUUAUUUAUAGAAACCAGGAGAUUAAAUGUAUACGUAAUAGCUUUACAUGUUCGCUGACGCAAGUGAUUUUCCUUCAACCUAGCAAAUAAGCUGAAACGAAAAUAGCAAAAAUCUUUUGCGUAGCAAACAAGCACACUCUGUAGAAGAAGGUGAAUAGAUAGAAGAAAAGCGAAGUGGUCAUGGGAGAUCAAAUGAGGCGCAAGAAUGUGACCAAAGUAUAAAGAAAAAAUAAGUUUUACACGAUUUUCCAUACUCUGAAGAUUAUGUAACAGUUGAUGGCCAAAACGAAGCGAAGAACGUGAUUGCAGCAAGAAAGUGAAGCAAAAAGAAAGGUUAAAUUGAGUGCACUUAAAACAACCAACAAGUAAUAACCUAGUCAUUUCGGUCAGUGGUGCGAAAAGGAAAAAUUGAGUGAAAAUCAUCGAAACGCUUGCCGUGUGGCCGGUAUCUUUCUAUAUGGCAAGCGGCAAAAAUAGAGGUGAAAACUGAAAGUUUUUGCUGGAAAGGCAUUUACAAGUGAACGGGAGGCAAAACGGCAACUCUUCCCCACGCGGUUGUGGUGGAAUCGAUAAAAAAGAGGCAGGAAAGAAAGUAAAAGUGUGAUAAUCGCCGGGUCGGAAGUUCCAGAAAUUCGCCACGAAAAUGGCAACGACGGCCAACAGUCGGCACAGUGAGCCGAACGGUGGCACUCUGGGGCCCCGAAAAACACUGAUCAUCAUGGUGACGGUGGUGGGAUGCAUUGCGAUACUGUGGCCAAAGGUUUUCUACCCGAUGAUGGUUGGGCCCACGCAGACAAAACCCAUCGUCAAGGAUCAUCGCGGAUCAGGUUGUUGCGAUGUUGUGUUAGAUCAGGAGGAAACUUUUGCCAACAUGUCGAUCAACGUUCCCAACCAACAGAAUCUUUUCCGCAAACGGAACAUAGGACCCACAGUAGAAGACCACAGUAUACGGCAAGAACGACCGCCGCACCUGCGGCCGGAGACCAUCCAUCCUGCCAUGCGGGAACGAGGCCGAGCGAUACCCCACGUUGGCUCGGUACACAGUGAGCGACCCCAGUCACCGCCCAGGAUCGUCGAGGGCAGGCCCGGUCCCAUACCUGGUAUGCGCCCACCUAUGGGAGCUGGAUCGCAUCAGUCUACAAAAUCCGCCAACUCAAUGGGUUUCAUAAUGCCACUCUAUACCAUCGGUAUUGUUUCAUUCUUCAUCUACACAAUACUGAAACUCAUAUUCAAGAAAACGCCCGCAACGCCUUACCCGGAGAUUAAACCAGACACCACCUUUAGAAAUGAGGUCUUCACCGCACCAGACCAGCCAUACAUUAAGCGACCAGACAGUGGAACCACUAAGCUAGGACAACCGAUCGCUAACGGAGAGAACGGUGCACCAGUUUCAGUGGGACCAGUGUCCAAUGGCAGCGCCAGUGCUAGCUUCAACCAUUCGGUACAGGCAGAAAUCAGCGUUGAUUAUCAACAGCUGGCUGCCAAACCUGAAUCGCAACCUGCAACGACAGACUCCAGCGUUGUGGAGGAGCUGGUGACCAAAGCCACCGCUACUCCAGUGGAGCAGGACAAGAGCGAAGCUAGCGGCGUAACCGAAGCGACAAACGACGAUGAAUGCGUACAACCCGAAUACGAUCCUGCUACCGAAAAGGUAGUUGACGGAAUCGUAGUGCAGAAGAUUGUACAACUGAACGAAGAGGAAUCGACCAGUGAGAUUAUUGAGCGAGUAGCUAGUCAAGUGGUAGACGAAGUUCUACAGGAAGCAGAGAGCAAGAUCAAUGAAGCAGCCGAAGCUGCGGCAGUAGAAUUAGUGGAAAUGGUUGUGGAACAAGCGGAAGCUGCAGCACUCGCAGCAGAAAUCGAAAAUUUCGAGGACAAGGAACCGCUAGAAACUUAUAUUGUGGAGAUCGCUAAACCAGAAACAGAACAGGCUUCGACUUCUCUCGAUGAACCAACUGAAAAUUUGGAAGCUAUUGAACAACAGAUUCUUGUCACUGAAGAGAAUGUUAUCUGUGAGGAAGCAGUUGUUAGUACGCAAGCAAUUGAAGAACCAUUCGAAAUAAAAGAAGUUACACAAGCUGAAAGCAUACCUGCCUCAAUUGCUGAUACUGUUGUGCACACAAUCCAACCUGUGUUGGAAACUGUACUAGAGGCAGAACGCAGUUCUGUCGAACAAUCUCCUCAGCUGGGAGAAACAUCGGAACCUAUGAUUGUUGAUCAGUCUGAACAAAACGAAGAAAGCUGUGAUAAGAAACUACCAGAAAAUGUGAUAGAAACAGAAACGAGCAUUGAAGAGUCUGCUAUUGAAACCGAAAUCUCUAAAAUGCCAAUUUCAGACGAGAAAGAAAUGAAAGAAGAAAUUGUGGUCAAAGUAGAAGAUGAUAUUACCAUUACCAACGAACCUGAAACUAUCGAAGAAGCAUGUGCAAACGAAGAAACCGUUUCCGAAUCAGUUGAAGUCACGGAACAGCUCACGCCAGAAAAAGAAGUUCCGCUCAGUGACGAAAUUAUAACAGAACAAUCUGUAGAACAGUUUGAAUCAAUAAAACCAGAAACGAAGCUAGGAGAUGAUACUAUCGAAAUCCCUGUGGAUGAUGAAGCAACCGUUGAAGAUGUUAUUCAGGUUCUGAAAGAAGUAACUUUUGCUCAUGAAAUGGUUCAAGCAAUUCCCAAAGAAGAACAAUUCACUGAAAGCUCAACUGAUGCGGCAACUGAAACUGUACAAGAUUCUGUAGUUGAUUCACCCGUGUCAGAAGCAGUGCAAAGCGAAGACACAGUUUUUGAAAAUGAGAAGGCGUCAGAAUUAGCGCAAUCUUCAUCGGAUUCAGUAGUUGAACCAGUCGUAAAUGAUGUUACAUUUGAGGAUGAAGUUCCCAGAACUGAACAACAAGAACAAGUCUCUUCUGAGGAUAAUCAAUCACCAAAAAUAGAAGUCGAAGCCGCUAUUGAUUCUUCAAAUGAUGCCGAGGAGAUAGUAAUCAAAGCCAUGGGCGCCCAGAUGGAGGAAUCACCAGUUGAACCUGCUGAAGUCUCAGUCGUGAAAGGCGUUACAUUUGAAGAUGAAAUAGUUGUGGAUGUUUCCAAUACUGAACAUCAAGAACAAGCCUCUUCUGAGGAAAAGCAAUUAUCGGGAAUGGAAGUCGAAGCAGCUACCGGUUCUUCACUUGAUGCCGAGGAAAUGGCAAUCAAAGCCCUGGCCGCUCAGAUGGAGGAAACUAUCGCCGAACAAGCAAAGGAAGCUGAAGUCAGAGCAGUUGCGGAGGAACUUGUAAACGAAGUUUUAGAACAAGCGGAAGAAGUAGCCAACGAGCGGGCGGCUUUGGAUUCGUUUGAGUUGCCAAGCUUUGACCCGGCAACACAGAAGCUAGUUGAUGGUGAAGUUAUCAAUCGUUUUGUAUCUGAUAGUGAAGCAAGCAAUGCGGCUGCGACAACUUCACCUGUAGUAGAAGAAGUUUUUGAAACUAUCUCUGUCGAUCAAGUCACUGCGGUAAGCGCUGAAGUGCAAAGUCCAAUUCCUGCAACAUCGAUUCUCUCGGAAACUGAUGCUGAUAAAUUGGUCACUGAUGUUGCCGACGAGCAUCCGUCAUAUGAACAAGAAGCUCAAAAGAUUGCCGAUGAAGUUGUUGGAGAUCGUGUUGAAACUGAAAUUUCAGCUGCAACAGUGGUACCGGAGGAUAACACUGCGGAUGAGGUUGAUAUUUCUGCAGAUAUCAUCGAACAAGUUUCCACAGAUGAGCAGUCCGCUGAAGUUGACAAUGUGAUUGUUGAAGAGCCACAAAAGGAAGUGAAGGAGCAGAUUGUCGCGGAAGCUUUUACCGAAUCUCUCAAUCCAGAGGCGACUACCGCUGAUUUGAAUAACACUGUUCAGAAUGAAAAUGUAUGUGAGCAGGCAACUGAAGAAAUUGCACACGAUACAACUCCUAAAGAGCAGACUACUGAUCUGAUUCCUCAAAAUGAGGACGAAACGGCUGCUGGUGAAACAACCGAAGCUAAUGAGCAACUCGAUGAUCAGGCAAAGGAGAAUGAUGUGCAGCCCGUGCUAUCUGAAGAAGCGGAGGUCGAGGUAGAACAGGAUGUUGAGCAAGACGUCACUGAAGAUGAUAUCAGUAAAGUUUCAUCUGCCGAAAUUUCAGUACCAACGCUCGAUGUUUGUGAAUCAGCGCAGGAGAUUGCUGUUGAAAAGAUUACUUCGGAAAAUAUCCCUUCAGCAUCUGAGGCUCCUGAGCUAUCGCCAGAAUCGUCUGAGUCAGCUACCAAUGAAACUUCAAAUGCUUCUGAAGAAACUACCUCAGCAGACAGUAAAGUAGAACAAGACGACUCCACUCCAGUGACAACGGAACCUGUAACAGAAGAGAAGGAAGCUGUAGUUGAGGACUUUGUCUCACAAGUGGCUUCAAUAGAAACAAAAGAAGAAAUUGCUGUUCCUAUAACUGAUAAUGAAGAAUCCACAGUUGUGUCUCAAGUUAUUGAAGAGUCUGUCGAAAGCAUACUCAAAACAACUACGGAGACUCCACUGGAGGAACAAUCCGCUGCUGUUGUUGAAUCUCACGAGACUGUUGAAGAUCAAACCAAUCAGGCUUUGGAAGUUGUUGAAUCAAUUGAUACUGGAGUCGUAGCUGAAUCUACUGAACACGCCACCGGUGAAAGCGAAUCUCUACAAACUGACCAGGAAGAAACAAAUGAAACUUUUUCAGAAACUCCCGGUGAGGCGCGGAAAGAAGAAGCAGUUCUGGAAUCUUCUACAUUUGUACAAGUAGAGUCGUUGAGUGCUGAGGCAGAGCCAAAAGAACAGACAGCUAUAGAAACAGUUGAAAAGGUUGAAGAUGUUAACCUGGCGGAAGCUUCCAACAGUGCAGAUGAGCAAAAGCCCAAACCUGUUGUAGAAGUUUUGAAUGAUACCGAGAUUGUAGUUGCUGCUGAGCCGGAAUCGACUCUUAACAUUGCUCAAGAUGGUGAUAAACCUCAAGAAAUCGAAAUUGCUCAGGAGCAAACAGUCAAUGUUGCCGAGACAGAAAAAGAAGCUUUAGAAGAGUCCAAGUCAACAGAUAUUGCAGAAGUGGACGUAAUCGAGGCUUCAGUGAUAGUUGCUUCUGAAACAGCUUCUGUAGGGGAAGAGAAAGAUGCUCAGAUUGAUGAACCAGUUAUACAUGAAACCAUAGAGCCUGAAAACGCUGUUACUGCUUCAGAAGUUGAAAUUACUGCCGAAGUCAAGAAAUACGUUGCUGUAGAAGCGGCAGCUUCUGAAAACGUUUCCACCGCUUCGGAAGUUGAAAUAACUGUCGAAGCCAAGAAAAUCAAUGCUGUAGAAGCGGCAGCUCCUGUUGAAGAACCAACUGUUGAACAAUCAGGAAAUCAAACCGAAGCAACUGAUGCUCCAAUCGACGCUAAAGAAACUGUUGUGACUGAAGCUGUCCCACUAAUCGAACAAAACAAUAUUGAGCUCGCAAACGAGGUGGAAAUAGCAGAGGAAAUGUCAGCUACUGUGAAAGACGAAGCGGCUGUGGAACAACCAGAAGCAAUAAGCGAAGAAGAGAAAACCGCAAUCGAAGCCAAGGAAACUUUCAAAAUAGAAACCAACGAAGCUGCUUCAGUAUCAGAACAAAACAAUGUUGAACCGACUAGCGAAGUAACGGUACCUGAAGAUGUGUUAACUCCCGUAGAAGAUGAGCCAGCUGUCGCACUUCCAGACGUACCGAGUGUUACGGAGAUUACCAAAGCAGAAGUGGUAGAUGCUGUUGUUUCUGCGCCAGAACAAAACAGCACUGAGCAGAUACGUGAUGUUACUAUUAUUGAGAGUGGUGAGGAAUCGGAAAAGAAUGCAACUACUUCAGACGUUCAAUCAGAUGAUGUCGCUCAGCAAAGUGUAGUGGAGGAAACAGUUGUUGUAGAAAAUAAAGCUUCGCUCGAACAACAACAGCAUUCCACUAAAGCAGUAGAAACUCCUUUAGCGGACACUACGACUGCUGAAUCAGUUAUCGACGAAACAAGCCCUAAACAGUUUGAAAAAUCUAUCGAGGUUGAAGCUGAAGAGAAGAUUUUGGAGACUGAAGGCAAUGUUGAUGCGCAGGAGGAAGCAACUUCUGUUGAAUAUAAUCUAGAGCACUCUGCAGAUGACGUUGUUCCAGAGAAAAUGAUCAUCACUGAGACAGUACAUUGCACGACAUCCACAGAGCCUGUCAUCAUAAACGGUGACGAAGCAUCAUUAGAAGUCGUUUCCACCAGUGAACCAUGUGAACAAUCAGAAGAAUCAUCAAGCAAGCAACUAGAGGCAGGAUCUUCAGCACAAGGACCAACUAUUGAAGAAGUCCACGAUGAAGCAGUUGUAGCUUCAGAUGAAGGUAGCGCAAAUGAGGAAUUCAUAGUUAAGGUUGAAGUCGAAAAGCCAGACACUUCUGAAAUGAUUUCAGAAGUCGUUGAAGCAUGUGUUUCUAGUCCAGUAUCCUCUUCAGAAACGACCGCUUCUGCUUUGGACAUAAUUGUAGAGAAUCAAGAAGAGGUAGAAGCUACUAAUACUAAUGAGGAAGUUACAGAAGCACACGUUGAACAGGUAGGAAGCACAACCGAUAAACUAGACCAAGUGGCCCAAGAAGCACUAGUUGAACGCACACUGACUGAAGCUACGGCUGUUGCAACUGAAAUCGAAUCGAUCGUUGAUCACAUUAUUUCCGAAAAGAUUAUGCAUGCCAUUCCGUCUGACUUGUGUAGCCAAGAUGUGACUCAAGACAAAGCCCCAUCAGAAAUUGUAAGUGAACCUGAAAAGUUAGCUUCCUCUGCCGCAAAGGUGGUCGAAAGUCUGGUAUCUGAAGAAGUUGUGUCGGCGACGAGCAGCGCUACGUUAACGGUCCCUGCAAGUAGUUCCUGCCCAACCGAAGCUAACAAUAGCAUUAACCAAUCGAUCACGGCAUCUGAUACUAAUCAACCUCUCGAAUCUUCCCUGGUUCAAUCACCUCCAACCACAUUGCCAUAUUCAUCUCCUGCUGUCGAUCCAAAAUCAUCAGAAAAUGUUCAGGAAGAUGAUUCGAUUGUUAGGGACGCACCAAUUAGCAAUCUAAAUUUUGCCGUAGUUGAGGAAACGCAAGAAGCUGUUCAGCACUCCACAAGCUCGACCGAGCACGUAACCUCAUCAUUCAGCACCGCCAGCUUGGAUCAGCACCCCGAAGCAAGCAGCAUUAGCAGCAGCAGCAGUAGAGCGGCCAUCAUUGACCAAGUACCGACCAGUGUCAGCAACGUUACUAAUCCUAAAUUUCUUACUCUGAAUCUAGUUAACUAUAGUCCUAGUGGUAGUAGUGGUAACAAUAGCAAUAGCUCGGCAUUUGCUUUGACUCAAUCGCGUAACGCUGCGGGCACUGCUGACGUCGCCGCUGCCGCCGUCGCCUCGGACAGUAGUGAGCAACUGAUGGAACUCGAUCUGUUGCGCAGGAAACUGGACGAAACGGAACAGGCCAUGGCCAAGAUAAUCGCCAAUAUGGGAGCCAUCCCGAAGGGCCAGGAAACAGAAGAAACCGACAAUACCGAAACAGAUGAGAAGGCUCCCGAACAGAAUGGUCACGUGUGCAAACCUGUAGACAGUAGCGAUACUGUAGAAAGCGAACCGGAACACGCCGAAAGCGAGGAGCAUCAAGAAUUGCAACACGAUCAAACUGAUGACAAAGCUCAACACCAGUUAGAAGCUGAAGAAGAUAUUCCAAAGAUUGAGCAGCGACACGAAACGGGCGCAGUGCCGAAGAAACGAGAACCCAGCGAAGACCGCAGCUCGCUGAAGGUGAUACCCAUGGAGAAGAAGGCUGCCUACGAACCAGGACACCACUCGAGCCGUCCUGGAACUCCAGCACAGUUCGUAACGCUGGAUCCUACAAUCAUCGAAGCCGAUGCAGCAGAGUCCAAAUGCAUCCUGCUUGAUGCCGCUAAAGUGCCACAGUCGUCCAAGGUCACGAUUCCCGAAUCGGAGCUUGCCGUAGAAACGCUAGAUGCUAGUCAGAAAUCGAGUGAAGAAACGCCUUUUGACCUGAACCUGGUGGUAGUGUUUGAAUCGCUAUCCAAUCUCAACCAGGGUCGUAGUUUGGAGGUCAACGUAUUGCUAGGUUCAGAACCGACCACCACGGUGGUGCAACCCUCACCAGCGGCCCGCGUGGCGUCACCAACGAGGGAGGUGGUGCUUAGCGGAAUGAUGAAACUGUCGCUGGUAAAGUUGGACGAGAACGAAAAUAAAGCUGCUGGCGAUGUCGUACUAAAAGCCAAGGAUGUCAAAAAAGGUGACGCCUUCGAUGGCCGGUUCGGUCCGAACGAAGAAUAGGGCCAUCAUUUAAAAGUCAAAUACGUUCCAGCGAUGACGGCCUGAGAGAAAUCGGCAGUAAUCGAUAUACCUGUACUACUGCGAGAAUAUGAUACGAUGAUUGCACGAGCUCAUAUUUUUCUAGAACUGAGUAUAUGCAGAUUUAAACGACAUGGAAAGGGCUUUACUACAGGUCUUAUAGUAAUCCUAUUUCUAUUGUGACUGAACAAAAACACAGCGGGCAGGCGAAGAAGUUAAGUGAUCCAAUAACGAAUGCGCAGAAAAUUACCCUCUGUGGUAAGAUUUACAUUUGGUUUGCUUUUGUGAAACAUAAGUUGUAACCGCAGGAAGCCUGUAUAUGUUGAUUAGGAGGCACAAGCAAAUCGGCUCAAUUUUAGGACGUCUUUGGUCCACCCUAACUUCAGCUCAGAUUUAUACUGAAUUGUAUGCUCACCAACGAAGAUGAAAUUCUAAACCUAUUUAUUCAUUGUUGCAUUCGAUGUGUAGUAAAAUUGCAAGUGUUUGUGAACGUUACGAAAAGUAGAUCGAAAUUUCUUCCAACAGAUUUAUUGCACAACCAAUUUAUCCAAUGCACAGCUUACUACCAUCAUCGGUUGUUAACAGCAAUCUGUUAUCUUGCUUAAGUUGAUCACUAGCUUAAUUUAGUAUAUUUAUUUAGCUAAAAUCAAUAGUAUUUAUACCAGUCUCCUUUUUUGUCCAUACACACCUCUCACAUAUUAUUUAAAACAAAUCCUUGUCAUUGCUACCGUUGGUUUAUAGUCCAAGCCUCCUCCGUGUAAACAGUCCUUUUUAUACAUUGUUACCGUAAUAUGGCAGAUAUUCUGCCUACAAAAAAAGCAAAAGUAGUCGUCGGAUUUAAAGAAAAGGUGUCGUAGAUGAUACAAUAAAGGAACAGUUAUAACAUGCAGCCAAACUAUUAUAACAGCGAAAUUGAUAAAAUAAAAUAAAAAAAAUAAAAAUGAACAAAUGUUACAA